CCUUACCUUCGAACGCCUGGGGAACCAUGAGUUGACCUCGAGAUCCCUCUUCCGUUCUCUUUCUCUCUCCCUCUCCGAACCAUAUUUGUUCUAGUUGCUCCGACAGACGCACGGGCACAGUGGGGUCGUCUUGCCUGCAUCUCUCCCUCUCCCUCAUGGCCGCCUCGCAUCCGCGGCAGUCCAGCGUCGAUCUCGACUCGCCCGAUCGUCCAUUCGACAACAUCAUCAAUUUCCGUGAUGUUGGCCGCUCUAUCAACCGGCUGCUGGGCCGACCGGUUCUGAAGGAGGGCAUCCUCUUUCGUAGUGCCAGGCUGGACGAUGCAUCCGAACGAGACAAGCGCCGUAUCACGGACGAACUGCACAUCUCCACGGUGAUCGAUCUGCGAUCGAGCACCGAGCACCAAAUGGCAACGACCAAGCGUCGAGCCGAGCUGGGCGACGACUCGCCUGCGUUCACGCCCGCGGUCCAGCAUCUCGUCGAUCUCCCCGGGGUGCGUCGCGAACUGAUCAGUCUGACGGGGAAAGCGUUUGAGCGGACGCUCCUGUGGAAGUUGGACUGGUGGCAUUUCAUAAAGGUUCUGGCCCUGGCGGCAUCCGGCUACCGACCUGACGCGGUACUCAUCGUGGGCGAGCAGGUGAUGACGCCGCGCGGGCUGAUCGGACUCGGCCAGGACACGCUGGACAGCAGCACGGCGGAGAUGCGGGCGAUAUUCGACCUGUUCGCCCCGGACGACGACGAUGACGGCGAUGGCGAGAAGGAUAGGGAGAUUCGACCCUCCACGUACCCCAUCCUGGUGCACUGCACGCAAGGAAAGGACCGCACGGGGCUCGUAAUUCUGCUGCUGCUGCUGUUGGCAGGCCGGGUGGCCGAGGACGCCAUGCGCUCGGACUACGUGCGGUCGGAGCCCGAAUUGCUGGUCGAGGUCGAGGAGCGCAUGAAGGAGAUUCGCCUACUAGGCCUAUCCGAGGACUAUACCAAGUGUCCGGCCGGAUUUACGACGAAGAUCCGUGGACAUCUGGACGAGAAGUAUGGCGGUGUCGAAGGCUAUCUGCGCUAUGUCGGGGUGAAUGAGGAGAAAUUGGAACGGAUCCGGCAGACGUUGCUGGCAUAGAGGUUUGUCUGCUUGACAUUGUUGUUGUUGUUGUUGUUUAUGUUUCCCCUGAGCAAGUAUUUAUUUAGCGGGAUCUGGGAUCUGUUGCAAGCAUGCAUAUGUACAAGAUAGAACCUAGACUGAGGGCUUUCUCUAUUUUUGGCUCGCUUUCUACAUAAUGAUGGUAUAUCAGAC